GACGUCAUCGGCAGAAAAACGUAAACAGGAAGAGAAGAAGCGCCGAGCGAGCAGGGCUCCGGUUUGUGUUGAUUAAAAGUCAGUUCAGCUCAGUUCAAGCUUUGUUGUUUUUUGCGCGUUUACUGUAUAUUACUUACACAAAUUAAUUAACAAAUAUUUUGUCAUAUUGAAAACGUCUCAUAGUCUAUAACACGUUUAAUACCGAAUUAUUGCUAAAAUGGACCCCAGACACAGACAGAUACUUCAGAGGAACAGGUCUAAUCUAGUCACGGCAUUAAAUCCUAAAGAAAUCUGCGAUGGACUUUUGUCAAAGGGGGUCUUCACCCAGGACAUGAUCGAUGAAAUCAGGAGCAAGAUAAAAAGACGCGACCAAGCCAGGCAACUGGUGACAGACUUAGAGACAAGAGGGAGUCAGGCUUUUCCAGCCUUCCUGGAGUGUCUGCGUGAAACAGGCCAACAUGCCCUCGCAGAGCUCCUUCAGUGUGGAGAUGGUGUUCGUCUGCCUCCUUCUGUCCCCAUACAGCCUUCACUGAUCCCUCUGCCAGUCCAAACUCCAGUAUAUAUAGAAAAACCAGACAGACCUGAUUUUACUCCACCACUGUUAGAACCGGUGAGACCAAAACCACUCCCUGUGCCCAAUACUCCUACCCCAUUUCCUGGAGCUCCAGUGGUGAGACCAAACAGACCGAGAAGAGACAGUAUACAGUGCUAUAAGAUGGAUGCCAGUCCUUGUGGGAUCUGCCUGAUUAUAAACAAUGUGGAUUUUGACCCAGACUGUGAUCUAAAAGAUCGGAAGGGGUCCGACAUUGACUGCGACAAGAUGGAGAAACGAUUUAAAGCUCUCAACUUUGAGGUUAUUGCAAAAAGGAACUUGAAGCACAAACGCAUAAGACAUGAGAUGGCAUCUUUAGCAAAGAGGGAUCAUUCUGCGUAUGACUGCUGCGUGGUGAUCAUCCUUUCACAUGGUACUGAGGCAAACCACAAUCGUUUUCCCGGAGCAGUUCAUGGUGUUGACGGACCAGCUGUCCCAGUUCAGUUAAUCACAAACUACCUCAACGGCCAGAACUGUCCUUCUCUGCAGGGCAAGCCCAAACUGUUCUUCAUCCAGGCCUGUGGAGGAGGUGAGAAGGACACAGGUUUUGAGGUUUCUCCUGAUGAGGUGGAGCCAUCUUUGGGUGGGAUAGAUGACCAGAUGGACGCUAUUCCCAUAUCCUCCAGUAGUGACUCUCUCAGCACAUCUGAUGAACUUGAUGCUCGGGCCACUUUGCCCACACCCAGCGACAUCCUGGUGUCCUACUCAACCUUUCCAGGAUACGUCUCCUGGAGGGACACACAGGCCGGAUCCUGGUAUGUGGAGAAUCUUGAUCGUGUGCUUGAGGAGAAUGCUGCCACGGAUGAUCUGGUGACCAUGCUAAUGAUGGUAAAUAAUGCAGUCUCCCAGAUAUCUGCCAAAGGCCUGUAUAAACAAAUGCCCGGAUCUUUCAACUUCCUCCGAAAACAUCUCUACUUUCAGGCUUCACUGUCAUGACCACUUUUUGCUGCAGUGGGAACACUACCAUGCACUUGAUAUAAUGUGAUAAAAAACAUAUUUCAUAUUUCAA